GCGACUAGAGCUAUUCGGUUUUUGUAUAGAGAUAAAAUAUUUCUAUUCUAGUUGCAAAAUUGCUAGAGCGAUUCGUUUUUCUCAUAUUGGUGAGACUGGCGGGCAAGAAAACAAGAAAAUAUGGCAGAACUGCGCGCAAGCGCAUCCAUCAGCGCGCAGUGAGACCAUCGACGACCACGACGUCCACGACCACUCAUAAAAAUGCGGUCGAGAUUGUCGUGGGAAAGGUGUUAUUGCGGUAUCACGAAUCGAAAUCACCAAACGGAAUCACGUGGCAAAGAGGAUUGAAGUCUUUUCUCCAUUGUUUCGAUAAUUGACGAUCACAGUCCUUUCUGUACGCACUACCCUGGCCACUACUUACGUACUACUAUCGGUCUCUAUUUUCAAAGCAUCUUUCCGAUAAUACACCAAGAUGCCAAAAUUACCACGCAUCACUAGAUCCUUGCGGAUGUUUACUUCUCUAGAGUACAGGGGGGAAACAUUAGACCAUGAACUGAAUGACUUGCUGAAGAAAAGACAGGAACGAACAAAAAGAUUAAAAAGCAGUCUUGAUUGGCAUAAUACAUUUAAAAGUGCAUCUAAAAAUUUUAUGGCACAUCUGCUAGCAUUGAGAAAUAUUGUGCAACAAGUUUUAGCAAAUUACUCUUCAGAUGCUAUUGAUGAAUUCACAGUUUAUGCAUUACGUUUAUUAAUUGAAGACAAAAACUUAUCACGAAAAAAAUAUGAUAUACUUGGCCAAAAAUCAGGACAUUUAUCGUAUCAACAUGCGGAAGCUAUGAUGCGGAUAGUCAAUGCAAUUCAAGAGGAAUGCUGUGAAGAAGCUAUAGAAUUGUUAUCAGAAUCCAAAGCGAAUGCAAAUGCUCUGGCUUCACAAACUUUUGGCGCAGAUAUUCCUUAUAAUCAUGCCAGAGUCAUAUGGCCCGAUACUGUUAGACUUCACAACAUGUCUGCAGACAAAAUAAAUUCAAAUACUGAUAAAUUUACAAUGAUGAUACAUGAAAUGAAACCUUCAACACAGAAGAAGUCUGUAUUUGACAAAGCAAUAUUUGCAAAAGGAUUGAAAAACUGUCACAAAGAGUGUAGCACAGAUAUGGCGUAUUCAGAUUUUGCAAAAGCGAUAGUAGAAAAAUUAGGGAAUUCGCAUAACGUGCAAACUGAACUGUUUGACAUGUUGGGUUGCAAACACUUGGAAUUUAUCGAAUACAUUAUUGAACAUCAGAAGGCCAUCGUGUCGACGUAUUCGUGUCCAAAAGUGAUCAAGAGACCGCAAGCGAGCGUGCAAGGCCCUAUAAUGAGUGGCCAGGUAAUUGUACAAUCCGAAGUGGAAAAGCAAUUGUGUAAGCAAGUGCGUAAGGAGGAAAAGAAAUUGAACAAAAUGGCGAACAAACGAGACACUAACAGGGAAGCUGAGGAGAGAGAAUUUAAUUCGAUUGAACUGCAAAUUAAAAAACAAGAGGCACUGAAAGCCAUGUGUACGCCGUUAUUUCCGAGAAAAAAUGCUCUCGAGAGAGGCACGACGCAGGAACAGUCGUUCCCGUUUGUAUUUGAUUCUAAAGCGAGCGCCAAGCAAGCGAGUGUAUCAGGGCAAAAGUUAUUGUUGGCCGAGGACGUUACGAGGGAGGAUACCGAACAUUGGGAGAAAGUACAUAUACCGAUAGCGAGACAAGAAUCUAUUGACGUUGAGAUAGAUCCUGUAUCGACAUCUUCUCUAGACGAGAUCGGUCGAAUGGCUUUCAGUGGCAUAACGUCGUUAAAUAAAAUUCAAAGUAUAGUUUUUAAUGCGGCUUACAAUACCAACGAGAACUUAUUGAUUUGCGCCCCGACCGGAGCGGGAAAGACAAACGUGGCUAUGCUGACAGUGGUGCAUCAAUUGAGACAGAACAUUCAAGACGGACAAUUGCAAAGGAAUCAAUUUAAAAUAAUCUACGUCGCGCCAAUGAAGGCCCUCGCGGCGGAAAUGACAGCCAACUUUAACAAAAGACUCGGUCCUCUGGGCGUGUGCGUUCGCGAGCUGACCGGCGAUAUGCAACUGACGAAGCAAGAGAUCCAGCAGACUCAGAUGAUAGUGACGACGCCGGAGAAGUGGGACGUCGUGACGAGGAAAGGUACGGGCGACAUUUCCCUCACUAGUAUCGUGAGACUGCUCAUCAUCGACGAGGUGCAUCUGCUGCACGGCGACAGGGGACCUGUGGUGGAGGCGCUGGUCGCGAGGACCCUGCGCCAAGUCGAGUCGUCGCAGAGCAUGAUCAGGAUAGUCGGGCUGUCCGCCACGCUACCGAAUUACGUGGACGUUGCGCGAUUUUUGCGCGUCAACCCGUACAAGGGAUUAUUUUACUUUGACCACCGUUUCCGGCCGGUGCCGCUCAGUCAAACCUUCAUCGGCGUAAAGGCCACCAAGCCGCUGCAACAGAUGAAUGACAUGGACCUCGUGUGUUACAACAACGUCGUGGAGAUGGUGCAGCAGGGCCAUCAGGUCAUGGUGUUCGUGCACGCGCGAAAUGCCACCGUGAGGACGGCGACGGUCCUGAAGGAGCUGGCGUCGAAAAACGAUACGCUCAAAUAUUUUCUGUCCGACGGACAGGCGAGGCAUGUGAACAAAGCCUUCGCAAAGUCGCGCAGUAAGUAUCUCGGUGAGUUGUUCAACAGUGGGCUGUCGGUACAUCACGCUGGCUUGCUACGCGCCGACAGGAAUCUGGUUGAGAAAUAUUUCUCCGACGGUCUAAUUAAAGUGCUAGUCUGCACCGCCACGCUGGCGUGGGGCGUAAAUCUGCCCGCGCAUGCGGUUAUCAUACGCGGAACCGAGAUCUACGACUCGAAGCACGGCUCGUACGUCGACCUGGGCAUCCUGGAUGUGUUGCAGAUCUUCGGCCGCGCUGGCAGGCCGCAAUUCGACAAGUCGGGACACGCGGUCAUCAUUACGUCGCACAGCAAGCUGUCUCACUAUCUCUCACUGCUGACCAAUCAAAUACCGAUCGAGAGCAGCUUCAUCACGUAUCUGGCCGAUAAUUUGAACGCCGAGAUAGCGUUAGGCACGAUAUCGACCGUGACGGAAGCGGUCGAAUGGUUAAGCUACACCUAUCUCUAUGUACGAAUGAAAUUGAACUUUCAGGCGUACGGCAUGGACUAUCAAACCGCCAUGAACGACUAUAAUCUCGAGAAGAAGCGAAAAGAGCUCGUGGACUUCGCUGCCAAGGCACUAGACAAAGCGCAGAUGAUCAGAUAUGAUGUGCGCACCGGUGAUCUUAAUACGACUGACUUGGGACGUAUUGCCAGCCAUUAUUACCUCAAGUACGACACGGUCGAGAUCUUCAACGAGCUUCAGAAGCCUAUCAUGACCGAGGCGGAGAUUCUGGCGAUGAUAUCGCGCGCUCAGGAAUUCGAGCAGCUCAAGGUACGAGACGACGAGAUGAACGAGUUGGAUGAGCUGAUGCAAGAAUGCGAACUCGAGCCACACGGCGGCGUGGAGAAUGUCCACGGUAAGGUCAAUAUAUUGUUGCAAACGUUUCUGUCCAGGAUUCGGGUGAACACGGCGUCAUUGAUAUCCGAUCAGGCGUAUGUCACGCAGAAUGCCUUACGGAUAGCUAGAGCGCUCUUCGAGAUCAUGCUCAGGCGCAAUAACGCGAUAAUGGCCGGACGACUAUUGCAAAUGGCGAAGAUGUUCGAGGCGCAACAGUGGGGCUCGUCAGUGUUUACGCCGCUGCGCCAAUUCGAUUGCCUCUCGAUGGAGAUCAUCAACAAGAUCGAGACGCGAGGCUCGAUGGAGAUCUAUCGGUUGCAAGAGAUGGACGUGAAGGAGAUCGGGAUUUUUUUGCGGGACCAACGGGCGGCUGUACUAGUGAAGAGGUGUUGCGCUGAAUUUCCCGCAUUAGACGUAGAAUAUAGUUUGCAGCCCAUUACACGUACCGUCCUGAGAAUACGACUGAAAUUGAUCCCACAGUUCCGCUGGAACGAUAAAGUUCACGGGAAGAAUUCCCAGGCUUUCUGGAUAUGGAUCGAGGAUCCAGAUCAUAACUUUAUUUAUCAUCACGAGUAUUUUGUACUAACGAAAAAGAUUGUCUGUCAGAAUGUCGAGCAAGAACUCGUCGUUACCAUACCGUUGUCUGAUGCAUCGUUACCGACGCAAUAUCUCGUGAGAGUUACGAGCGACCAUUGGCUCGGUUGCGAGACCACAAUUCCAUUGACUUUUCACGACCUCAUUCUACCAGAGACUCAUCCUCCACACACGAAUCUGCUGGAAUUGCAGCCGUUACCGAUAACCGCUCUGAAGGAUCCAGACUUGGAGAGCUUGUACAGCUUUUCCCAUUUCAACCCAAUACAGACGCAGAUCUUUCAUUGUUUAUAUCAUACGGAUAACAAUGUCCUCCUCGGCGCUCCAACCGGCUCGGGGAAAACCAUCGCGGCGGAGGUCGCUAUGUUUCGCGUUUUCAAACAGCAUCCCGAUCAGAAGGUCGUGUACAUAGCGCCCCUGAAAGCUUUAGUCAGGGAACGGAUGAACGAUUGGAAGGUACGAUUAGAGGAACGACUCGGUAAGAAGGUGGUGGAGCUGACCGGAGACGUGUCACCCGAUAUAAAGAUGAUAGCCGGCGCGAGUGUUAUCGUUACGACGCCCGAAAAGUGGGACGGUAUUAGCCGGAGCUGGCAAACGCGAAGCUACGUGAAGAAGGUGGCGCUUAUAGUAAUCGACGAGAUUCAUUUGCUGGGCGAAGAUCGCGGACCAGUGCUCGAGGUGAUCAUCUCUCGUACCAAUUUCAUAUCGUCUCACACGCACAACAAGGUCAGAGUCGUCGGGCUCUCGACCGCGCUGGCCAACGCGAUAGAUUUAGCCAACUGGCUCGGUAUCAAAGAUAUGGGUCUCUACAAUUUCCGGCCGUCUGUGAGACCCGUGCCGCUGGAGGUCCACAUCAGCGGAUUUCCUGGCAAACACUAUUGUCCUCGGAUGGCAACCAUGAACAGGCCAACCUUCCAGGCGAUUAGGCAACACGCACCCGCCAGUCCCUCUCUCGUAUUUGUGUCCUCUCGCAGGCAAACGCGCCUCACUGCCCUGGAUCUGAUCGCCUAUCUCGUAGCGGAGUAUAAUUCCAAGCAAUGGUUACACAUGCCGGAAGAACAAAUGAACGACAUUCUCGAAAAUAUAAAUGACUCGAAUCUAAAGCUCACCCUUGCCUUUGGAAUUGGCCUUCAUCACGCUGGUCUUCAGGACAGAGAUAGGAGAACCGUGGAGGAAUUAUUUGUCAAUAAUAAGAUACAGGUACUAAUCACUACGGCCACUUUGGCCUGGGGUGUUAAUUUCCCCGCUCAUCUAGUGGUGAUAAAGGGUACGGAAUAUUACGAUGGCAAAUUGAAGCGUUACGUAGAUAUGCCGAUAACGGACGUUCUUCAAAUGAUGGGUCGUGCUGGCAGACCGCAGUUCGAUAACUCCGGUGUGGCGGUCGUUCUUGUGCAUGACUUGAAGAAGAAUUUCUACAAAAAAUUUCUAUAUGAACCAUUCCCCGUGGAAUCGAGUCUUAUGACAGUGUUACCCGAUCAUAUUAAUGCCGAGAUCGUUGCCGGUACCAUCAAGAACAAACAAGAGUUUCUCGAUUACUUAACAUGGACGUAUUAUUUUCGAAGAUUGAUGAAAAAUCCGCAAUAUUACGAUCUGGAUAUCUUGGAGCCUCACUGUAUCAACGAAUAUCUCUCGAGAUUGGUAGAGACCACCGUAAAAUCAUUAAUGGAUUCACAUUGUAUCGAUUACGAUGAGGACGUGCAAACUCUAGUUUCAUUGCCGAUGGGUAAGAUAGCGUCAUUCUAUUAUCUGUCGCAUAAUACGAUGUUGAUGUUUACGCAAUCGCUACAGGAGAACUUUACGUUAGAUCAGUACUUACGUAUACUCUGCGACUCGCAUGAAUAUAAUGAAUUACCUGUGAGACAUAACGAGGAAUUAUUGAAUGAGGAACUAGCGAAACUGUGCCGUUACCCUGCAAAUCAGUACGAUUCUCCACAUACAAAAGCAUUUCUCUUACUGCAAGCACAUUUCUCAAGGCUAUCAUUACCUUGCACCGAUUAUAUCACUGAUUUGAAAUCAGUGCUCGAUCAAGCAAUCAGAAUAAUACAGGCAAUGAUCGACACAGUCGCGGAACGCGGAUGGUUAACGAGCACAUUAAGGAUAAUGCAACUGUUUCAAAUGAUUGUGCAAGCACGAUGGAUAGAUGAAUCUGCAAUAACGACAUUACCAUAUAUAAGGAAGGAAGAUUUGCACUUAUUUUCAUCGUUAUCGAGAGCUCUUCCAAUAUUGUGUUCCGUCACAUGCGACAAUUAUAAUAAACUUGAAAAGGUUUUACGUGAAAAUUAUCGGGUAGACCAAAUACAUGAGAUACAACAAGUAAUUAGAAACAUGCCGAGAAUAUCCGUUGAUUUAAUGUUGGAAAAUUCUUGGGAUAUCAACGUUGAAAAGAAGCAAAUGUUGAAGCUGAAGAACGAUGAUUACGUACCUGUUCGACGGAAUGAGGAGCAUACAUUAAUCAUUGGAUUAAAAAGAAUGAAUAAUUCCAAAACUUUAAAAGCACAUUGUCCAAUGUUUUUAAAAGGAAAGGAUGAAAGCUGGUUCUUGGUACUAGGCGACAUUCAAAAUAGAGAAUUGUGGGCUCUAAAGAGGGUAUCUGGUAUAAAUAAUCAGCUGAGAUAUCAUCAAUUGCAAUUUACUACACCUAACAGUUUGGGAACGACAAAGUUGGCGUUCUACUUGAUCUCUGAUUGCUACAUGGGACUGGAUCAACAGUACAGUAUUUGUUUAGAUGUAACAUGCUAAAUAUUUAAACAGUAAUCAAAUACGGAGACCAAACCUAAGACUGAACACAGCAGGUGAUAUUGUAUUUAAUUGAUAGUCUUUUAGUCUUUCUAUAACGUUAAUAUGAAAAAGGAAAGAAAAAGAGAGUUUAUAAGAUUGUUAAUGUAUACAUUGAGAGGAAAUUAGCGAGAGAGAGAGAGAGGGGGGGGAUGAGAUGAAAUUUGUUAUAAACACGGACAUAACUAUGAGAUAUUUAUCGCGUUGUACAGAAGAGAAAUAGAGAGAGCGAGCUUGUAU